AUGUUCGAUUUCGAACGCAUACAGAAAAUAAAAGAAUGGAAAACAAAUGAUUCAAUUCCAAUUUGUAUCGGAUGUGAUGUUGGAAUAUCAGUAUUAAAAGUUAGACUUUCAGAUUUUAACAAUCCUUCACGAUUCAUCGAUAUUGGCCAUGAAAAAGCAAAUACAACAUAUAAGAUUAUACAAGUACUACAAGAUCUUCAGGAAGAACUCUUACAAGUCGAUUCCCAAGUGAUUUGUCUCGGUUCAGCAAUUUCUUUUGCAGGACCAAUCAAAAAUAACACAGUUACCAUUACAAAUUGGAAUGGAUCCAUUGAAGAUAGAUCAUUGUCAAUUUCACAACUUCCUUCAAGUAUUUUUCCAAAAGAAAGGUCAGUUUUCUUAAAUGAUUUAGAAGCAUGCGCGUAUGGAAUUAUUGCAGCUAAAGAACAAGGAAUUCUUGAAGAAAAUUUUGCUCAGCUGUUUGAAGAUAAAGCUCCAGAAGGUCCUGUUUUAUCUAAUGAAAGAACAGCUAUUUUAGCGAUGGGAUCUGGUUUUGGAGUUGCUCUAAUUGCCAGAACACCUCUUCAUGACAAACCUGUUGUAGUUCCAACAGAAUUAAGACAUAUUCAAAUACCUCCACGAAUGGAAAAACAUAAAAUGUUUGCAGAAGAAGAUGAUUUACUUGAGUAUAUUUCAAAAUGUAAUUAUCAAGGACGACUUGAUCCAGAAUAUGAAGAUAUUUGUUCUGCAAGAGGAAUCAAGAUCUGUUACCAAUACUAUCACUUAAAAUCCACAGGAGAAAAAAUAAAUCUUGAUAAAAUUGAUCCUGCUGAUAUUGCUCAAAGAGCAAUUAGAGGUGAAAGAGAUGCACAUGAUGCAUUGAAAACACAUUACUUAUACUACUUUAGAGCUGCAAAAACAAUAGCAAGUUCACUUUCUUGUCAAUCAAUAGUUCUUGCAUUAGCUAAUCAAGUAAAGAAUUGUCCAUUCGUUAUGUCAAUUGUAGAAGAGCUUGAAGAUGAAUUCUAUGAAUUUAUUAGACCAGAUUGUAUUUGCGGAACAAGAAUUUAUUCACAAACAUCCCUUCUUAACUUCAAUAUCCUAGGAACAAUUUAUAUGGCACAUGCAAUAGCAAAUAUGGCAGAAUAA